AUGUCUGGUAGCAAAGGAGAAGUUCUAGUGACGGGCGCUAAUGGCUAUAUUGGUGCUCGCACAGUCGGAGCUUUCCUUGACGCUGGCUAUUCAGUGCGUGGUACUGUACGGUCUUCAUCUGCUGCCGAAAGCCUGCUUGAAGCUCUUCCUGACGCGGUUUCCAAUGGUCGCCUCAAGAUUGACCAAGUCCCCGAUAUAACAGCGCCAGGUGCCUUUGACAAAGCUGUCAGAGGAGUGACGGCGAUUGUGCACCUUGCAACACCUGUCUCCUUCUUCUUUACAAACUCGGAAUAUAUUGUUGGCACUGCUGUCAAUGGCGUCAAGGCUAUACUCGAAUCAGCCACCAAAGAGCCUCGAAUUAAACAUUUUUUGUUAAUGUCAUCAAUCGCCGCCAUCAUAAGCGAGAAGCAACAAGGCCAUGUAUUCACAGAAACUGAUUGGAAUGAUGCUGCUGCCCGUAUCGUGGCCGAGCAAGGUGAUCAAGCCCCCAGCAGACAAAUCUAUGGUGCGAGCAAGGUGCUUGCUGAGAGGGAAUUUUGGAAGUUUAUGCAAGAGAGGCAACCCAAGUUCACCAUGAAUGCUAUCAACCCAGUACUGGUGGGAGGACCUCCCCUGGUUCUUCCUUCGACACCAGAUAAACUCAACGAGUCCGUCAGUUUUAUUUGGCAAGUUCUGUCUGGCCAAGGUAUUCCCGAAAACCUUGUUGGAUUCGGUGCCUACGUGGAUGUGCGUGAUGUAGCACGACUCGCGGUGUUCAGUGUCGAACACGGAAAUCAAGUGAAUGCGCAACGCUACAUGGCGGCGAGCGGCUGGGCGUCACCUCAGGCUGCGGCCGAUGUAUUACGUCAGAAAUAUCCAGGCUGGAAAGAUUCCAUUCAAAAAGGAGCACCACAGAGCAACUACCUGCCAGGCUACAAAUACCCACCCCAGGCGCCCCAGAUUGAUGCAUCCAAGGCUGUCAGGGCUACGGGUCAAGGUUGGAUUCGCUUUGAUGACAUGGUUGUUGAUACCGCCGAAGUUUUCAAAGCUUACCUGGAAUAA